AUGCACAGAGUGGUCAGAAAUUUUCAUCAGGCAGUUCGUCUACUACAAGAGACGCCAUUAUUUCUUACUCCUGAAAAAUGGAAAGGUCUUCCCAGUGAAAAGAUCUUUCAAUUGUACCAAGAGCGAGUUUUGUCGUUGGGACCCAAAUACACCAAGGAUAAACAUGAAUUAGAGGCACUUCUAUCAACAUCCAAAGAUACUGGCUUUACCUACCGUCAGAUACAAAAGAUUUACGAAGGUGGAGAGAUUUCGGCCUACGAAGUCGAACGUAAAUCAGUGGCAGACGAUUUUAAACCUCAGCCUUUCAUGUUUGAUGAUUAUCCAUCGCAAGCGCAUGACCUGAUCGAUGAACACAGAGAACAGAGGUAUUACAACAGGGUGGCAGCAUAUGAGCUUCCUCAACUUGCUAAGUUCAGACAGGAAUUCAAGAAGCCGUCUCCAACUGAGAAACCAUUGAGAUUCCGUUAUACCACAUACUUGGGAGAAUCUCAUCCUGCCGAGAGGAAAGUGGUUUUAGAAUGUCGUGUUUCUGACUUACAGUUAGGACCCAAGGAAUCACACAAGUUCAAGUUGCUCGCUAGUGUAAGAUACGACCACAGCACAGGCUUGUUCAAAAUGUCUAGUGACAGAUUCCCUGAACCCACACAGAAUGCAAAAUAUUUGACUCAAAUGUUUAAUAGGCUAUUGGCUGAAAGCAAGAACCUAAAGGAUUCUUUCGAAGAUGUUCCUUUAGAUACCAGACACACGAAGGCCAAACUUUCAAAGAAGCAUCGCAAGAAAGAUUACAAGUUUCCAGCCAGCUGGAACCGACCAGAAGAUGCACCGAAACCCUCUAUGGAUGUCUUCAGAGAGAUUUAUCAACAGCAAAAGGUUUGA